GCUCCCGCGGUAGCGACCGACCGGUAGGGUUGCCGACCCCGGCGGUUUGCUCCGCUCUGUGGAGGAGAGAUGGGGAGGCGCUGGGCCGGGGCUGAGGUAGGAAGGAGCCCGCCCCUCGACGCCUCCCGCGACGCUAGCCCCUGAGACGUGAUGCGAGCGUGGGUCCUACUCUCCGCGGUGCUCUGGUACCUGACAGGAGUUGGAUGGCAGCGUUCUUCCGAAAGCACUAAGAAAGGCUUCAUUUAUGGCAAGCCAGGACACCCAGUGAAAAUAUAUGUAAAAUUACAUCAUCAUAGUCCAAUCCUUGUCUGUAUGGAUUUAAAACAUGCUGAAAUAGAAACAGUGGAUCCCACCUACCGAUGGAUUGGGCCUAAUGAAAAGCCAUUAACAGCAAAUUAUCGAAUAAAUAAAACUAAAACAGGAAAGCUGAUGGUGAAAGAUUUUCUGGAGCCUCUGUCAGGACUUUACACAUGUACUCUUUCUUAUAAGACUAUCAAAGCACAAACCCAAGAAGAAAAGAUGGUAAAGCAGAGAUAUGACUUUAUGCUCUUUGCCUAUCGGGAACCAGAUUAUUCAUAUCAGAUGGCUGUACGUUUUACCACAAAGUCUUGUGUAGGAAGAUAUAAUGACUUGCUUUUUAGAGUGCUGAAGAAAAUCUUGGAUAACUUAAUCUCUGAUUUGUCGUGCCAAAUCGUAGAACCAUCAUAUAAAUGCCAUUUUGUUAAACUUCCAAAACAUGGCCUCCUAAAUGAGCUAUUUAUAGCCUUUCAAGUUAAUCCUUUUGCACCAGGGUGGAAAGGUGCAUGCAGUGAUACUAUUGAUUGUGAAGAUGUCACUAAUCAUAAUAUCCUCCAGGCAAGAGAUCGAAUAGAAGAAUUUUUCCGGAGCCAAGCAAAUAUUUUCUACCAUGACUUUAAUAAAACUAUACCAGCUAUGCAUUUUGUGGACCACAGUUUUCAAGUAAUACGUAUGGAUAGCUGUCGUCCAGGCUUUGGGAAAAAUGAAGGUCUACACAGUAAUUGCGCUACCUGUUGCGUGGUUUGUAGUCCUGGGACUUUUAGUCCUGAUGUUGAUGUUACUUGUCAGACCUGCAUUUCCAUCCGUACCUAUGGAGCUAAAUCUUGCCCAUAAACUUCAAACAAAAAUCACAGUAUGAAGACUAGAGGUGAAAGCAUUGUUACUAGCUUGUGGAAGUGGGGAACAUAAGAUUUGUUCACAUCCCAGAAUAUCAUAGUUCCAUUAAGUAAGAUCAGUAAGACCAAAAUAUUGGAAAACAUACAUUUAGGAACUUUAAAAAGAUAGUUGACAUGACAUUUCUAAGAAGGCAUUUAAUAUCUUCAGUGUACAAAGGAAAGUGUAAGUAUUAGUGGAUGAUUUUUAAUGAAAUAUGUUUUGUUGUUUACAA